AUGAGAAUGCAGAGCACCAGCACUGCAUCAUGGAGCGGCACGCCCUCCAUCAAAGGCUCAUCAGAAGCCGUCCGCAUGUGCCUGCUCACGUUCUGCCUGAUUGGACUACAGUUUACAUGGGGCAUUGAGAUGACCUAUGGAACCCCCUACCUCCUUCAACUCGGCCUCACAAAAUCAAAGACGUCGUUGGUAUGGAUCGCAGGACCGCUGUCCGGGCUCAUCAUGCAGCCCGUGGUCGGGGCAUAUGCAGACAAAUCAACCUCAAGAUAUGGCAGAAGAAGACCAUACAUGGUCGUUGGAGCGCUCAUUACCGGCUUGGGCCUUUUGCUGUUGGGCUGGACAUCUGAAGUUGUGGGUCUAUUCCUUGCCGAGGGAGAAACCAAGAAAAGCGUGACAAUUCUGGUCGCGGUGCUUUGUAUCUAUGCGCUUGACUUUUCGGUCAAUGCGGUCCAGGCCUGCAGUCGGAGUCUGAUCGUUGAUACACUACCUAUUUCACUACAGCAAGCAGGUUCAGCAUGGGCAUCUAGACUCACCGCGGCCGGCCAUUUGUUGGGCUACUUCAUUGGCACGUUCGACCUGGUGAAAAUGUUCCCUCCGUGGCUAGGAGGAGAUACCCAGUUCAAGAAAAUGACAGUAAUCUCGGCGAUGGCUCUCUGGAUCACGGUUGGUGUAACGUCAUGGGCCGUUACAGAGCGAGUGAGACUCCCAGGUGACGAUGACGAGACUUCGGUCAAGGAGGUUCUUUCGAACUUGUGGCAGAGAACCACACACCUGCCUCGUAGGAUACGUGCCAUAUGCUGGGUUCAGUUCUGGAAUUGGGUUGGGUGGUUUCCAUUCCUCUUCUACUCUAGCACCUUUGUCGGCGAAGUCUACUAUCGGUACGAACGACCUGUUCCCGAACCUGGAGCGAAAGACGACCACGAUGCUUUGGGCAAUAUCGGCAGGAUGGGAAGUGUGUCACUGGUUCUCUUUUCGCUCAUCACAUUUUGCUCCUCGGUGGUGCUUCCAUACAUCAUUCGAACUCCAGAAGAAGGAGAGAAGUUCACCCCCCGUCCACCUCGGACCUUGAACAAAUCUGUUCAGUCACUGUUGAUCAAAGCAUACAAGCUCCAGCCAGACCUGACAACUGCUUGGAUGUGGUCAAACAUGCUAUUUGCCAUGAUUACUAUUUGUGCGCCCUGGGUCCACAGUCUGACCUCUGCCGAAGCCCUCGUUGCUGCCUGCGGUGUCCCGUGGGCCGUGUCAUGCUGGGCUCCGUUUGGUUUGCUCGGCGUGGAAAUCAAUAAAAUGUCUUCAGGCCCACAUGCACAUGUUCAUGGGUCAACGGCGCCUGGCUACACCGCUGUUCGUGCUAGCAUUGAUGAAGAUGUGGAAUCCAUUGAGAUGGAGGAGACCAGCCAUGGGCGCCGUGCACUUGCGGAUGGUGUUCUAAGAAUCAAUCACCCGAGCGACCAUGGCGCACAUUCAGCGACUGGUGAACUCGCAGGAGUCUACUUAGGUGUCUUGAACGUCUACACUACAUUGCCACAGUUUGUCGGCACUUUCAUCAGCUGGAUUGUAUUCUCACUGCUUGAGCCGGCCAAGAGUGACAGUCUGGCUGACACAGAUCCGGACCAUCACCGCUGGUUAAACAUUAAGAAGAAUGCGCCCAACGCCAUUGCUGUUUGUUUGUUCAUCGGCGCCCUAUGUUCAACUGUCGCAGCAGAGGCAGCCAGACGGCUGAAGAGGCUGGAUUGA